AUGGAUCAAAUCGACGUCAAUAAUCACCAGUAUCUAGUACAGGCGCUGGAAGGCUCAGUCUCAUCAGAUGACCAAUAUAGGAAAAAAUGCGAAGAUUACUUGAUCAAAUUUUCGAACAAAGAAGGAUCAGUGGCCUCCCUGAUGAGGGUAAUGUCGAACUUCCAGUGUGAUGAUAGUGUGCGGUUGGCAGCAUCAAUUAGACUCAAGAAUCACGUGCUCUCGAACUGGAGCUCGUCAUCGGACUUUGGACCAUCGGAGUCAACCGUUAUCACAGCUUCUGAUCGAUCGUUCCUACUGGACAAUUUGUACCUGUGCUUAGUAAGUGUGGGAGCCGGCCAGAAAGGGAUAAGGAACCAGUGCUACGAAAUCCUUAGACACAUAAUGUUUAACGUGGAGGUGAACGAAAUCAAGAAUUUGUUAUCCUCGAUUUCCUCUGAUCUCGGUCAGAGAACGGACUCGGAUCGUGUUUUAUGCUCACUCUACUGCCUGAGAAAGGUUAUGACCAAGUAUGAAUAUCACGGAAGUGGCCAGGCUUCCGAGGUUAACGAGGUUCUUACGGCCUUUUUGGGACCGCUGAUGGCAGUGGCUGAGGAUGCAUCUAAAAUAGGCCUGGGGAACGACGAGGCAGCUACUCUUAUUCACCUGGUACUUAAAAUCUACUUUUCCUCAGCGCUCCUGACCUCUCCAACAAUUCCAAUCCUGAGGGACUCAAUGCAACACUGGAUGACGCUAAUCAAGUACACCAUCAAUGACUUCACCAAAUGGCAACUUACCUGGAAUAAAAAAGAUCUAGAUGUGGCGCCAUUUUCGGAGUUGGGGAACGAGAAUGAAGAAAUGUUGUGUAAAUUUGAGCAGUUUAAGUGUGUGAAGUGGGCAAUGAGAAUACUCAACCGCUUCAUUUCAAGACAAAAUUCCUUCUCAGAUGACGAUAACAGACAAAAAUUCUACUCGCUCUUCAUCUCAAACAAUUACUCAAUUAAGGUUGAUAAAAAUUUAAUAGAUGAGUACUUGGUCCUGGUGUUGAACAUGUUGAAGCUGGAGUCAGAGUACAAGUUGACUUUGAAUAACCUGACUCACCACCUGAUGUGGACGUAUCUGCGACACAGCCUGAACGUGGAGUCGCAAUUCCACUACAUACUGAAGGGAAAUUUGAGCCAGAUAAUAGGAGUAUAUUGCCUGAGCACUUUCAAGUACACAAAAGAGGAUGUGAGCAUCUACGAGGAGGACCCAGAGACUUUUAUACAGUCACUGUCUGACGUGUGUUACCAGUUUUACAGCAACCGCGGGAGCUGUUCGGAUUUUCUGCGUGAGCUGGUGAAGUCGUACACUGAGGAAUCCCUGACACAGAUCAAGCAGGUUAUAGGAGCCUGCUUCGAGAACAACGACAGCGCUUUACUUUACUCAACGCUCUCAAUCAUAGGCUACGUGUCGGACAAACUAAUAAAGAAAACUCGCCAGACCCACAACUCUUACUCGGGAAAUAAUCUUAAAUCAAUAAUUAACAAGGAAUCUAAGAAGAAGAACAAACCAAACUAUGAUCACCUACAAAUUGACGGUGAGGAGCUAUUAGAGCGCAAGGUGGUUCAAUUGCUUAAUUCUGAGGAUAUUUGGAUCAGGACCAGAGCCGCAUGGCUGUGUGGUUGUGUCUUAAAACGAGCAUACAACUUCAGAAACUUUGAAACACUCAAAACUAUUUACUUCAGACUGCUGGACCUACUGGCGGAUCCAGAACUACUCGUCUCGGUUAUGGCCGCAAACGCAGUAAUUGAGCUCUUCAGAGUCGACGACGACAUGUUCCAAGACGUCAUCGUCAAGUCCAUCUCAGUCCUCCUCCAGAGGCUCUUCAUGCUAAUGAACAGAAUUGAGUUGGAAAGCGUCACCUCAGUACUCGGCGAGAUUGUCGACAGCUACUCCUACGAAGUUAUCCCCUACGCCAAGGAUAUCAUCCUCAAUAUCUCCAACAAUAUUACCAAGAAUUUACUCAACAAAGAAUCUAACAUUAGCGUGGAUUAUGCUGAUGAUGAGAAGACGUUGGUGCGUUGGAGUAUGUUGCAAACAUUGAACACGAUAAUAAGGUUGCUGAGCCCAUCAGAGAAUAAGGAGAAGGCAGGGAAGGAAAAGUCAGAGGAGAAACUUGCCCUGGAGCUAAACAAUUAUCUGAUAAUCAUCAGUACUAUUGUUAACCUGCUAAAACUUCUGUUUACUAAGCCUGACGAAAAUUCCUUCGAUUACCUGGACGAGGCAUCGCUAUUGCUUGCAAACCUUGUCAAACUGCUUGACAUCGCCUCCAUCAAGCAGCUUGUACUUUCCUCAGGUUUUGGGUUCGGAAACUUCUGGCAGCUAUUCCUAGACCUUCUAAACCUUAUCAGGACGCAGGGCUUUGAGUACGUUACAGACUUUGCAAUCCUGAGGGACCCCCUGGUUGCUCUAGCACACAGGGAUUCACAAGGCUUUGUUGCAAUACUCGAAGAUCUAUAUAGGACCUGCAAAGAGGCUUCCAAUAACGGCUUUACUGAUGAGGUUCAUGAGGUACUCUCAGACUCACUUGAGGUCAGCUUAAACACUGCAGCCCUCAACUCAAUUUUUGAUCGUCUACUUCAGGAUUCCUGUAGCAGAGUGCUUUCACUUCUGAGCAACUAUAAAAAGCAUAACUUCCACGACCUGGCGCCAAACAACAUGCAAUUUAUGAGACUAACAUGUCUUCUAAUCAUGUACUAUUAUCAAAAUUCCACAACAUUAGCUUCCAACCAGAAUUCUUUACACAAUCUUAAAAUACUCACAGAUUUCAUAUUGAAAAAUUCGUUAUAUUGUACUUGGAAAUUGGGAAGGAAAUAUUGUAUUUUAACAUGUUGUACACUAAUAAAGAAUAAUGUGACUAAAGCCGAGAAUUCCUCGGUAGUUAACCUGCUGGUAACUUUGCUGCAAAGCGCAAAGGAUACAAAGGAUCAGUCAGAAGAAGAAUACCACUACUCAGAAUCAGAUUCCGACACUGAUUACGACUACGAUGACGAUUAUUCUGACGAAGACGACUCAGACUGGGACGAGUUCGAGUUUGAUGACUCGCCACUCAAAAACGUGUGCGAAAUGAAACUUGCCAAACAACUCCUGCUCUCACUAAACGAACCACUUGAGCACCAUCAACUCAACGCUCAACAACUAAUGACCUUUCUUAACACCAUUUGA